UACGUGGCUCCGACGUUCCUCUACAACGGACCGGGGUGAUUUAAAUUUAGACUGAGUAAGAAGAGGGGCAAUUUAGACCAGUCUGAAAUUGAAUGAGUAGCUAGCUAAUACUUUUUAUAGUUUAAAACAUUUAUUUUCCGUCAUACGUUUGGAUUAACGUUUUGCAAUGUCUGGGAAAAUCAAGAGCCGAAUCGCGGCAAAUGCCGACUUGUUAUCUGGUAGUGUGUCUUGCGAUGAGCGGAUUUUACGAGACUGUCAUCAGUUGUACAUCGAUGCCGACAGUGGGCUGGUAGCAGUGGCCCAGUCAGUUGGCGUGACUCUGCUGGCACCCAGGAAAAAGAUCACGGUCAUGUUGAUGGGCAACCACUCUGCCGGCAAGAGCUCCUUCAUCAACUGGUAUGUGGAGGAGCACAUCCAGCGCACAGGAGUGGCCAUUGAGACGCAAGGCUUCAGCUUUGUUACUAGUGGCCGCAAGAGAGAGUCUCUCACAGGAAAUGCCACGCUGCACCUUUACCCACACUUCAAACCGCUACACGAGAUCAAGGGUGUGUCUGAGUACCUGGGCACUGAGAUCUGCACAUCGCGGCAGAAACGCUUCAGCCUAGUGACGUUUGUGGACUCUCCUGGCCUGGUGGACGGGGACAUGAAGUACCCCUUUGAUGUGGACCAGGCCAUCAUGUGGCUGGGCGAGCUGUGUGAUCUCAUCAUGGUGUUCUUUGACCCCAUGGGCCAGGCGCUGUGCAAGCGCACCCUCAACAUCGUGGAGAAGCUCAACGAGAAGCACGGUGACCGCCUGCGCUUGUACCUCAGCAAGGCCGACGAGGCCGGGGGAGAGUCGGACAGACAGAGGGUGAUGAUGCAGAUAGUCCAGGAGCUGUGCAAGCGGCCGGGACUCAACAAGUGUGGCUUUGACAUGCCUACCAUCUAUGUUCCCAACCCCAACAAGCCCAGUCGCUGUGUGAACCAGAUUGAGGAGGCAUGUCUCACCAUCGAGAAGACCAUCAACCAGACAGUCCAGAACACACUCAACUCACUAGAGAAGGACUGUGAGCUUAUCACUGAGGCCAUUGCAGAUACACUCAGCCAAGACAGGCAGACCAGUGUAGAUAACCGGCGGGCGCGCUGUAAGGGCUGUUUGUUGGCUCUUCUGGGCUUCAGUGUCCCCUUCAUGCUGAUGGCAGCCCUGGUGCUGGGCAGCUUCUCCAAAGAGCUGCUAGAGAUGGCCCUGGGGGAUGACGGCAUUGAGGCCCUCUCUCUCUACCUGGCUCCUGUAGUGAGAGUGUUUGUCUCCAUGUCCGUGGAGUACCAGCUCUACAGUUGUGGCGGACUCAUCUUCCUCUCCUUCCUACUCCUCAUCCUUGCCCGCUUCUCCUUCAGGACUCAGCCCACUCUCUCUGGCCGACAGAAGAGGCAGCUACAGGAAAAGAUGGAUUAUGUGCAGGAGGUGGUGAAGACAAAGAAGAAGAAGCUCUAUGAGGAAUACCUUCGCCAGAGUGUGGGUGAUCAAGAUAUGGACUGAAAGAAAAUGGAAGAAACCACUGACGUACCACUUAACAUUCCUACUGUAGAGGACCAAAUGUAAUGUAGGGUUUAAACUGUUCAGGCUUUACCUUCCUGGCCAUGCCUUAUGGUGCAUUCAUGACCAUUCUGAAACUCAAGAGUUAAAAUGAACAUAAGUUAUUUGUGUAGAGCAGGGCUGUUCAAUGUCAGUCAUGGAGGGCCAAAACACUUCUGGUUUUCAUCCUUCUAAUCAGAGACUGAUUCAGACCUGGGACACCAGGUGAGUGCAAUUAACUACCAGGUAGAAACAAAAAAAGGGUUUCGGCCCUCCAGGACUGUAAUUGAACGGCCCUGGCGUACAGCUUCCUAUUGGUUGAUUCUGAUUCUUUCCAAGUGGGAAAACUCUGGCCUCCUCUUUCUACAACGAAUGUCCAAGUAGAGAAUGUCUGAAUUUCCGAGUUGUCUUGAACGCACCAUUUACGUGUCCCUCCGGAGUACGCAGGGCGACAUGGGAAAUGUAAUCCUUGUCCAAGUGUUGUCAGUCCAAUAUCUGUUCAUUCAUGUAGUUGCAAACCAUAGAUCGCCUCAAUUUCUAAUAUGAGCAUUCAGAACCUAACUCUGGCACGCACUGUAAUAUUCAUUUCCCAAUAUUUUUCACUACCAUGUUACCUGAGAGGUAGAUUUGAAAAACAACAAACAUCAUGGGACCUGUAUUUUUGUAUGAGAUUAGAUACGGUUUACAAACUACAUUAUGAAUUGAACAAAGCAUUUAUAUACGUUUUUACAAUGUUUGGUAUCCACAGUUGUGCCUGUUUGCUACUCCAGGCUUCAACAUCUGACUCAGACAAACACCUAUGCUGCAAUAAACCAAUAAUAACAUGAGGAUCAUGGGACCUGUAUUUUUGUACAAGGUGAACUCUCAGCAUUAAAUUACUUAUGCGAUACUA